GGCCUUUUGAACAUAUAAACAGGAUUACUUAUAGCUGUUAUUUUGGGUAUUGACAGAAUCACUUAGACUUGAAUCACUUGUUUGAAUGUCAAUUCAAAACUGAAUGCAAAAAACAAAAUAAUAUUUUUUAGAAAGCUCUAAAUCAACAAUACCAUCACAGUAUUCAAGUUACCUUAUUUACGAGGAUACAUAUUUUGAAAUGGAAAAUAAUCGAAUAGAAAUACAAAGAUACAUUUCACUCUGUGUGGGUGUACUUGGACUUGUAUUUUGCGGAAUUAUAAAUGGAUUUAAUAUAUACGCAGUCGCUCUUAAACAGACUUUUAACUAUACACAAACGGAAUUGGAGUAUAUUGCAGCCAGUGGGAUUGUCGGAUCGGAACUAACUUCUUACUUUGCCGGAAUUGCCAUAGACAGAUUUGGACCUCGUUCAACAUGCGUUGCCGCUGCUGUUCUCACAUGCUCGUGUUUUUCAUUGAUGUGGAUGACGACUAAGUUUAUUUCGUUCUUCGCUUCGCGAACCUGGAUUAUAUGUUUAAUGUACUUUAUGGCCUCUAGUGGGUGUUGUUUUACAAAUAUGGUAUGCAUGGGAACAAUUUCUUUAAACUUCGAGGGAAAACAUCGGGGUAAAAUUGUUGGAUUUGCAAGCGCAGUUUAUGGUUCGAGUCCGCUUAUAUAUGCAGCUAUAUAUCAAGGCUUUUUUGUGAGUGGACAUAUAACUGACGAGCAGAAUCAAAAUAUUGCAGAUUUUUUUAUACUGUUGUCAAUAUGUGCGGCAAUAGCGAAUGUUCUUGGCGCAGGAUUCCUUAAAAUAAUGCCACUGGAACCUGCUUCUGCUGGUCAUCUUGAGAUGCAAGAUUUGAUCGAAACCAACCAUGAUGAAGAUACGAGUUUGACACCAAUCGAGACGAAUAAUGACAAAGAUAAGUUGGAAAAGGGAGAUGAAGACCUAACCAACGCUAAAAAUAGCACAUCAAAUGAGAAAACUCCAAUACUUCAAAAUGAUCUGGAUUCCAAUAAAAACACACCAACAGACAAAAUUGAUAUUAAGCCAGAUACAGAUAUAACCUGUUUUCAGAUGGUCAAAACUUUGGAGUUUCACUUCUUACUCUGGACUGUGAUCAUCAUCAAAGGCAUAGGGCUGACUUUUACUGCAAAUAUUACAACUAUUGCAAAAUCGGCACAUCUCGAGAAAGCAUCAUCAACAUUAAUUAUAAUCAUCCCAAUUUCCAAUACACUAGCAAGGUUUUUUGGUGGACUGAUGCCAGAUAUUUUCAAACAGAAAUUAUCAUUCAUUCCAACAUCGUCACUAUUACUGCUUGCAUCAUUCAUAUCAAUGACCGUGCAAGUAUUACUCGUAUUUUUCAAUCAAAGUUAUAUAGGAUUGGCAUGUCUUUCUAUUAUGUCAAGCAUACCAACUGGACUUGUUUCUGUUCUUAUGGUUAUAAUCAUUUUAGAACUUUUUGGAAGGAGCGAUUUUUCACAGAAGUAUGGAUUGGUAUUAACUGUAGCUGGAAUCGCUGCUUUUCCAAUUGGAAAAAUCUUCGGCCUCAUUUAUGAAAAUAAUAGUAUCGCAGGGUCGAGACUUUGUUAUGGUGUGGAUUGUUCAAGGUGGUCAUACAUCAUAAAUGCUAUUUUCGCUUUACUGGCAACUUUACUUAGCGCUGCCUUGGUGAGAGCAGAACAUAAAAUCCAGAGCUAGUUGAAAAGAUUACUUUUAAUUCUGAUUUUUGAAGAAUAUAUUUGCAGAAAAAGCUCAAGUUUAGCAGCAUUAAAUAGAAGGCUGCCUCAAAGGAUUACAACCUACUUUGAAAAUAAGAAAUGUCAAUUUGAACGUACCAAAAAGUUAAAUUUCAAAUGCAUUUCUUCACAAAAUAACAGCUGAUUUCUGAAUAAAAAAUAAAAAAGAUGCAAGGCAUUAACAUGACAAAAUGUCACCACCUAAAACAAUUUGGUCAAUUUAAAGCAAGUUGGAAAAUACCUUUUGACCUUGAGAAGGUCAUUGAAGGUCAAAGGUCAAAUCUAAAGUCAGAUUUGAACUUC